GGGGCGGUGGCGGUUCUGGUCCGUGGCUUCCGGGUGCCGGGCUGCUUCCGUUGUGGGCUGGCGGCCUUGGCAGCAGCAGAAAAUGUUCCUUUCGUUGUGGCAAUACCUAUUUAGUAACUUUUUUCGGUUCUGGAUGAAAUGGGUCUUGCAUCACCUCACCAGAAAAUGUGAAUUGCAGCGCAUUUUUGAUGAUACCAAAGAAGGGGCUCGAAGGACCCAAAGAAUAGAGUACUCUUUGGAAUUCUCAAAGAAUAAGAUUUUACAGAAUGCUGUUCAUGCCAGCGAGAGUGAUGUGGAAAUAUGGGUUAAAGAUAUAAUGAAGGAAAAGAAGAUUAACCCUCAAAAGGACCCAGGUUUUAAAAUCAAUAUGGAGGUGUGUUUGCUACAGAUAUCAGGUUAUAAAAAGCUCUAUCUGGAUGUAGAAAAUGUGAGAAAAAAGCCUUAUGACUCUGAUAACCAGGAGCAUGAAAAGUUACUAAUCAAGCUUUGGAAUCAGUUGAUGCCUAAUGAAAAACUGAAGAACAGAAUCACCAAGCAGUGGGGAGAUAUUGGUUUCCAAGGUGAUGAUCCCAAAACAGACUUCAGAGGAAUGGGCAUGCUGGGAUUAGUCAAUCUUGUGUAUUUUAGCGAACAUUAUGCCAACGAAGCUCAUCAGAUCCUUUCUCGUUCCAAUCAUCCAAAAUUGGGAUAUUCCUAUGCAAUUGUUGGAAUUAAUCUGACAGAGAUGGCUUACAGUUUGCUGAAGAGUGGUGCUCUGAAGUUUCAUCUCUAUAAUUUAGUUCCUGGCACCCCAACAAUAGAACACUUUCAUCAGUUUUAUUGUUAUCUGGUGUACGAGUUUGACAAAUUUUGGUUUGAAGAGGAGCCAGAAAGCAUUAUGUAUUUCAACCAGUACAGAGAGAAGUUUUAUGAAAAGGUUUCAGGACUUCUGCUGGAUUAUAACGUCUAAAGUGUUGUCAGUUUGCUGACCUCUUCCCAUCUAUAUAGAAAACUGCCGACAACACGAGUGCUACCAAGUGUGUUCAGGGGAGUAAACUAGUGCUACCGCAUUACUUCAAAUAAGGUUUAAAAGGAGCAAGGAUUAAAGCAAGGAUUUUUCUUUGCCAAGCAGUCUCUGGUGUUGGGAGGAGAGGGAAAGGAAGAAAAGAUUCAGGGGGAGAGGAAUUGGGUGGCUACUACUUGUAAAAUGUUGGUAUUUGGCUGCCACUACAAAAACGAAUGCCCCAUAAGCCCUGGGUUCCAUGACCCUUUUGCCAGUCGGUUUCCAUGCCAUCUUGUUGCUCCUGGGUCCUCUUUCCCCAGGGUGUUCCUGCCAGCCAUCCAGAAAGAUGUAGGUGUAUUGGAGAGAGUGACAUGGGGCCCAGGGAGAUGGAACGGCCCCAGAGUAAAAAGUGCUAAAUGCAUACAAAGCACCACUAACCCCUCAAUCAAUGAAUCGACUAUAUUUAUCAAGCAUUUACCACGUUCAGAGCACCGUGUUUAAGCCCUUGGGAAAGUACACUGUAUAACAGUAUAACAGAGCUGGUAGAUGCAUUCCCUGCCCUCAACUAGUUCACACUUGGGGCAGUGCUGAAAGUUUUUGUUUUUCUAAAAAACUGAUGCCUGUAGGCUUAUCGUGGAGAGGCCGCUGUCCUGGAAUGGCCAUACUGGGAUAGUUUCCUUAUACCAUGGUCGAGUUCCAACACUACACCUAGGCCAGAUGGAACCACCUGACGUGGCCCCCUCUGGAAACGUGUGCCGGGAUUGGCACGUGUGCCAGGAUUGGCUGGCCUGUGAUGGGUUGCACUUCAUCUGGAAUGUUGUUGUUGGAGUGUAACAUUAGAAUUGGAGUGUAACAUUAGAAUUCAGCAAUGCAUUUUUCUUCUCUUUGCAUAGAUGUAGCCACUACUAACUAGUUUACUGUCAACCCACUACCUUCUAAAGUCAAAAAUAUGUGUGGACUUUGGUUUCAACUUGAAUUUUUUUUUUUUUUUUGAGCCUGUUCACAUCAGCCUUUGCUGUGAGGAUUCAUUUGGGGAAUUUUUGUAACUUGAUAUAUAAAAUUUGCAUUCUAACUCUGCAAAUCAUCAGAGUGAUCAACUUUAUAUGUAUGUACUCCAUAUUUGAAGGUGUGAAAAUCACCUAUGAUUGUGUGUUUUGGGUUGGGGGAGGGAGCCUGAAAAGGCUAAUUCAGGAUCCACGGUCCCAAACAUAUUGUGCACACAAAAAGGCUUGUGCGGUCAUGUUUACUUUUUGCAGUACCUGGUGCUGUUUUCUGUCUUGCCUCCUUGUCUUAUUGUUCUUUAAGUAAGUAUUCUGUUAAUAUACCUAAUUGUCACGUUGAAAACCUAUAUGCUGUCUUUUUCUUUUUCUUCUUCCGAACAGGCUGGUAGUGGAUUAUUUUCUAAAGUAAAAAGCAGUAAUGGCACUGCAUUCCCUGGAAACGAUAACUAGAUUGAAAUCCUGUAGGAGCUGGUAGUUCACUGUUGGAUAGAGAAUAGGACAGUUACCCAUGGACUGGACCGUGCCCACCAUGUGUUGUCAAAGCAAUAAUGUAUUUUGUGUGGUCCAUUUGUGUGGAAUAUGUUAAUGAAAGUAAAUAAAGAACAAAUUGUCCAGGAAA